AGACCAGACAAUCAUAAAGGAUAUUUUCUGACGAGGGAUCCGCUAGUCACAUAUCAUAUAACCUGUUGAGUUUUAAACGGUUUAAACACUAUAUGCUAUUUGCUGUCUUCUGGAACAUUCCACAAACCGUAGGCUAAAAGUUCCUUUCCGAGUGUGUUGUUCCCCAACGGACCCAAAGUGCGGCACAAUUUAACGGAAGGAAAACGGCACCGAAUGGAGCGAUGCUAAAAACGGCAUUUUAGCCAUGGACAAAAGCUGACAAAGAGAGGUACACUCGCAACAUGUCAGAGCAGCACUCCAAGCCCAAUGUCAGCCCCUCCCAGGCCGCAGACCUUGUGAAGAAACACUACAACCUGACCCCCUCCCAAACAAAAGACCUCCCCAGCUACGAGGACCAGAACUUCCACGUAGUGACGUUGGACGGUGGCCAGUAUCUCCUGAAGAUCAUGAACUCGGAGGACAGUAAGGACCCCACCCUGUUUGAACUGCAGACCUACGCCAUGACCUUCCUGGAGGAGAAUGGACUUCCCACUCAAACAGCCGUGAAGACAACCGCGGGGCAGGGCAUGUUCCUGGAAGACCUGGAUUGCGGUUAUGGCCGACGGAAGUACCUGGUCCGCCUGUUGACCUAUUUACCUGGAAUCCCGAUUGCCAAGGUUCCUUUCUCACCACAGCUACUUUAUGAAGUGGGCCAGACAGCAGCCAGGAUGGACACCAUUCUCAAAGAGAUGAAACAUCCUCAACUGUCGGUGCUGCGGAGGAAGGACUUCAUAUGGGAUUUGUCCAAUCUGGUCCUCCUGGAGAAGUACAUGCACGUCCUGGAUGGAGACCCUCUCCAGGAGGUUGUGAAGACCGUCCUGCAUCAGUACAAGACCUUUGUGGCCCCCAAAUACGCCGGUUUCCGCAAGUGUCUCAUCCAUGGAGACUUCAAUGACCUCAAUGUGCUCGUGGAAGCCAAUGACGGGGACGGUCACAGGAUCUCUGGUAUCAUCGACUUUGUGGACAUGCACAUGAGUUAUUACGUCCACGAGCUCGCCAUCACACUGACGUACAUGAUGCUGGAGCACGCCAAGCCCGUGGAGGUGGGGGGUCCCAUCCUGGCGGGCUGGGAGAGCGUCUUUCCGCUCAACGAGGAGGAGAAAGUUUGUCUCUUUUGGUUGGUGCUGGCACGCUUAAGCCAGUCGUUGGUGCUCGCUCGCUAUUCUGUGACGCUGCACCCUGAAAACGAAGAAUAUUUAACCAUUUCGUGCAGGAAAGGAGUUCCUAUUUUGUGUCGCUUUUUGGAGAUGGGGAAAGAGCAGGUGGAGAAAGUGUGGUUCCAGUCCGCCGCUCAAUUCGACUCCAAGAACGGAAAGUAAAAGAAACCAAUGCCGACUCCAUCCUAAGAGACAUUCCCAAACUUUGACCUCCCAGACGAAGAGGUACGUCCUUCAUGACCAAAACAUACAUUCGUUACUUACAUAACAAUAACAUUCAUUCGGCUGCGAGGCGGACCGUCGAGCUUCUGGGGAGGCCAGAACAUGUGUUCGAUUCCCGCUGACCGGAUGAGAAAUAUCUGGUGCAAACUUUGAUAGUUCAUUUAAGGGCUUGAUGAUGAUUUAUGGCCCGUUUCACUUCUUAAUGAAGGACGUGUAGGACUGGGGUCUCAAACUCAAUUUACCUGGGGGUCACCGGAGUUAGGUUCUGGGUGAAGCCGGGCCGCAUCAGGUUUUCAAAACAUUUAUUAAAAACUGGAAAAAAAAAUCAAUAAAAAAACUAUCUACAA